AUGAUGAGAUUAAAUAUAACGAGAUUGAGUAAAAGAAUCAAUAUGAAACCUCCAUCAGAAAAUGAUUUCAGCACUUUAUUAAUUGCUAAAAAUACUCCAAUUCGUUAGCUUUCAAUAUGUAAAAUGAAUUAAUAAAUUAAUUAGCAACUCGUUCAUCAAAACAUUCUUAAUUUGUUAGAAAGCUACCUACUAAUUAAAAUUAAUAAUCCUAAUAAUUAACUAGCAGAACAAUAUCAGUAAAUGAUACAAAUUUACAUGGAGAACCUUUGAGAGAAAAACAAAUUUCAAUAAACAAUAUGUCUAAUAAAAAGAAAUCCUCAAGAAGAUUAAUUGGUUUAUAAACUUAGCCUAGUUUAAUCAUGUAAGAAUAAUACAUUAAUAAGUAAACCAAAGUUUGCAGAUAUUAAAUAUGAGAUCAUUGAUAUCUAUUAAUUAUAAAUAGCUGAACCAAAAAUAUUAUUCAAAGGCAAUAGGGAUACAUGUCAUCUUCAGAAAAUUGUCAUUAUUGGUUAAUCUAUCUCUCUUAAUAAAUAAUUAAUACAAAAAAUUAAAUCUGAAUGCAUUCUAGUCUUACUAACUAACAAUUUAUCUUAAAUAGAUGAACAAUAUGAUUGCAUAAUAUAGCCACCUCAUAUAUAUCCAAAUGAUAUUUUAAGCUAUUAAAGAAAUAUGAAUUAGAUUUGGAUCAAUGUUAAUCAUUUGAUACAUAUAUUCAAAUAGCCAGAACAAAUUUUUAUGAUAGAUGAAAUUGCUAACGAAAAUAAUACUUUUGGUAUUGAAGAAUUAAAAAAUAAAAUAUUAUAUUAAGGAAAUUGUAGAAUGAUUCAUCUAUUUCUUUAAAAAGAUAAACCAAGUCUAUAAAAAUUGUAUUAUGCAUUAUGUCACAUAUUUAAAUAUGAAUAAUAAGAUUUAAUAUAAUUGAAUCUUAAAAAGACAUUGUAAGAAUGUUCUGAAAAUUGUCUAUAAAUUUAAUCAAAACUAACAUACCUUUAAAAGGUGAUUGAUGUAAAGAGUAAAUUGAAAUAGUAAUUUAAAAAGGAGCAAAUUUCAAUAGACUCUCCUGAAAAUAGAGCAGAAACGUAAAUAAUAUUUAAUAAAUUAGUUUGAGAGAUUGUGUAAUAGAAUAUAUAAAGAGUCGGUCGACAAAUAAAAUAACUGGUAUGUAUUAUAUAAUUGGAGAUCAAAUAAUGAGAAAUAUAAAAUUUUUUCGUAAAAGAUAAGAAGAUAAGUAUUAUACUGAAAAGAAACAUUAAGAAACAUUGUAGAUACUAUAAAAUACACUAUAACCUAUAAAGCAUGCUCAUAUUUGUUAAUAAUAAUAUGCAUUUUAUUUACUAUGA